CUUAAGUAGAAAAAAAGGAUGAUUAAUAUAAAAUAUGUAGCAACCGAAACAGUGAUUGAGUGAUUAAUGCUAGUCUAAAUUUAGUACCUUAUCAGGUCGCAACAAUUAAGAGAUCGCCAUCCGUAGAAUGUCGCGUAAUCCAUCAACUUUGAUGAGUAUUCCCAGCGAUGAACAGUUUGACUUUUUAUUUAAAAUAGUUCUCAUUGGUGACUGUGGUACUGGGAAAACCUGCGUUGUGCAAAGAUUUAAAAAUGGAACUUUCGUGGAGAGGCACGGUAAUACGAUCGGUGUUGAUUUUUCUAUGAAAACCGUUAUUGUUGAAGGAAAACGAGUUAAGUUACAAGUUUGGGAUACGGCGGGACAGGAAAGGUUUCGUACAAUCACUCAGAGUUAUUAUAGAUCUGCAAACGGUGUUAUUAUCGUUUAUGAUAUUACGAAGAGAUCUUCUUUUUUAUCUGUAGCGAGAUGGGUCGAGGAAGUGCGGAGAUAUUCAGGUAGUGCUGUCUUAGUCGCCUUAGUCGGAAAUAAGGCAGAUAUGGAGCAUUUACGCGAAGUUGAGUUUGAGGAAGCCGAAGCAAUGUGUCAAUAUAUGCCGGAAGUUUUAUUUGUUCUGGAAACGAGCGCCAAGGAUAACUCAAACAUAGAGGAGGCAUUUUUAUGUUUAGCCACUGAACUUAAGAGACGCCAUGAUAGUGGCAACUUAAAUUUAGAUGAUGAAGAUACAGUGCGAUUAGGCGAAGGUCAGACUAUUUCCAGGUGUAGCUCUUGUGCAAAGCAUAACAUAUUCAAUUAAACAUAUCAUCGUUACACCUUAACAUAACAAUCCUGUGCCUUAAUCAAGCUGAGAUUAUGCUUGCCAUUUUAAGGAUAGUUAGUACAAUAAAUGCACUAAUUUUUUAAUAUUUACCUCAUAAGUAAGUACUCUUUUUACUUAUCAGUCCAUCUCGCUAAAUCACCAUCCACUGGCCUACUCCUUUUAUGGCAAACGUAAAUUAGAGAGCUGCAAUAUUUAUUUUAUUUUAUUUAUUAUGCGCAACAAUUUGCUCCGUAUCUGUUCACAUAUGAAUUUAUUACAAGUCCCAGUGAAUCUUAAUUUGUAGCUUAAGUAAAAUAUUAACAAACUUCUUCCGUCUUUCUCUCUAUCUGUUGUGAAGCGCUAGUGAAUUUUCGUGGAAUCUCACAGUUACUCAUUGGUUACAUCAGUAUUAAUUGUUUACAAAUUUUAUGCUUUAACACUCAUUAAUGUAGAUUUAUUUUUAUUGUUACUUUCGUAUUAGUGUUAACAUCAUAUAUUUAAAUAAUACAUACAUAUUAACAUUUCACGUUCAUUAAUAAAAGUUAUGUGUGA